AUGGAGACCGAUCCGGAGGAGGAUCCACAGAUGCCUUUGUUGCCCCAGGGCUACUCGCCGGAUGAGUCCGGGUACUGUUGUGCUAUUUAUCCCCCUAGACCCCCUACUAGGCGUGUAGGGGAGGCCUCGAGCGCCUACCGUUCACCAUCUCACCACCUGACUAGCUCCUCGGAGCAUAGUCGUACCCCGGAUGUCGUUAUCCCAGUAGGACCUUUUCCUAGGAGCCCUACUCCUGCCACGGGGCACUGGGAGUGGGAGCCGGUAGCCCCUAGGUUACCUUCACCCGAGACUCCCCCCGACCCUUAUACCCCUUCUACUCCUAGUACUUACACUCCUUCCUCACCUAGUUCUCAGGAGGAACCCCUUGUCCGCUUCCGACAGGCGGCUCGUCGGAGGGUACCUGUCCCCGGUCCUAUUUUUACCUCACCUAUUUCCCCUGUUCACUUGACACCCACACCCAUAGGAACCCAGCAGCACUUUACUGCUCAUUUUCUUACCCCACCCAGGGAGGACCCUUACCUUUAUCAUACUUAUGAGCAUGGUGGUCCUUCCCAGCCAUUUAGGGAGCCUUCCCCACCUGUUUGGGGCAGACCAGUUCCUUCUCAAGAGGUGCCUGCUCCCAUCACUGAGAGCAGCCUGAUGGGAUUCCUGUUUGAGCAGAUUUUGUUAUUGAGGAUGGCACGUGAUGAGGACGGGCAGCAGAGGAGGACUAUGGGAGAUUACUUGAGCGUCUUGCAGCAGGCGAUCAUUGCCUUACAGCAUGGUAUGGGAUACGUUCAGCAUGAGCAGGGUCAUUUUCGAGCUUUAGUGUAUGGAUGUGUUGGCGCUAUGGUAGGUUUGGUAGCAGGUUUUGCAGGGUUGACGUGUUGGAUGUGGCGUUCUUAG